UAUUAGAUCAAAGAGCUGGAACUACAACAGUUUUGAGUAUGAACGGCCUAGUUCUAGCCACCUAGCUCUAAUCUCUAAGUCUCGAAGUGUCGAUCCCUAGGUCUAGGGUUUAGGUUCCCUUUAUAUAGUAUUCUUAAGGUGGGCCUUAGUCGGUUUGAGCAAGUGGAACUCUUCCAUAUUCGGAAAUAGGAAAGGUUCUUGUUAUCGAAAGUUUUCAAUUUUUCGGGGGAAUAGGGCGGUCCCUGGGACCAGACACGGAGUACUUCAUAGCGGAGACUCGGGGUGCCUCCUAGCGGGGACCCAGAGGCCGGGUCAUGCCUGGGGUUUGGAGAAAUUCAAUACAUGAGUAUUUUUUCCCAACAGUUUGCCCUUUAAUGCUCGAUUUCGUCAUUGAACUCGGGGAAUAACCUGUGCACUCAAGUCAACCAGAAUUGCUCAUUCUCAGCAGGCUACCCUUAGGCAGGACAUCGCUCCAAUAAUCUUGCGAUCCCGGGCUCCACUCAGGCCGAAGCCACACUAUGACCCCGGGGAGGACCGGUUCCCUUAUACCAGACCGGGGCCUGGCGUUGUUUUCUUGAGCUAUUGAUCUCUUGUUGAAGAUGGAGAAGCUCGGGGCUUCUGAUGGUGUCUUGGAGACAGCGGAGCCUGGAGCUCUGAUGAUUUCCGAAGAGGAGGCCUGAAUGUUUGAUGCGUAGAGGCAAGUCUUGAAGCUGGUACUAGAUGCUUUAACGGACAUGUUGCUUCCUUGUCUAUUCUGAGGUUCUUGGUCAAGUUUGUGACUUCAUGGAUUUUCCAGGUCUGGUACGUAGGACAAUUUCCGUUGAAGUUUCCCCCGUUUUUAGGAGAUUUUCUCCUUUAAAUGAAGGGGAUCUGCUGAGAUCACCCCUUUCGCCAAUAAGGAAAUGAUUUGAAUUUUGAAUAAGUUAUUAGAUACACGGCUUCUUUGGAAAUCUUCCCAACGGCUCCUGCUUUAUAGAUUUUCACUUUCCUUUUUCCUUUUUAAUUCCUUGCUCAUUCGCCAUCGAUAUCUCAGAUUCAGGUAACUUUUUCUCUUGCCCUUCUUCUAGUUCUUCGGAUUUCUUUGUUUGUUAAGUUUUUGCGGAUUAGCUUUCUCAUUGUCGCGAUCUGUUGGAUAGGAACUAUUAGAUCCAUGUCUAAGCGUUCCACUUCAUUUGUCCCCGCAGAGGCUGAUAUGGUCAGGUUGAAGAGAAUGAUGGAUUCUCCAGUUUCCCGAUCUGACAGCUCCUCGGAGCCAUGCGAAGGAUUUGAUUGCGAUCUGUAGCUCCCCUACCCAUGUCUUGUGUUUACGCAGCUCCCCCAUUAGUGGGUCCUGCCUCAUCGGUUAGUGAGUACAAGCUGGCGGAAUAAGUACUCGCUUCCUCGUUUUGUUACCCUCAGGAUCUCUACUUCGGAGGAACGUACUUCUAGCUACAUCACACGGGAGAUCGCCGUUACGAAGCUUUCUUUGACUCUGGCUUCCGGGGAGUGAUUCCUGCACAGAUUGCUGGUUUAUGCAGCCUUUUUGAAAUUUCGUCUUCUCAGCUAAGCCUUCCGGCUUGGAGAAUCCUCAUAGCUAUCCAAAACCUAGAUGAUUUGGAAUAUUUGUCUUUUGGUAUCAAUGUACGUGUAUCAUCUGGCUCCUCUUAAUGGAGGAGAGGGGCAAUUUCAUCUUCAACCUCGUAGCGGCUUGCCAAUUGUGGAGGAGCUUCCAAAAAGUGAUCGGAAAGGGCCGGUUUUUAACAAAAAAUGGCAGGAGAGAUACAUUUUUAUGAUGCUUUCUGGAUCUUUUUAUCGAUGGAAUUUUAUAGGUAGGAUGCGGUUGAUCCUUUUUGUUGAUUGGUCAUCUUUCUCAACUUUUAUUUUUAUUUUUUGCAGUCGGGACUCAUCUUGCUCCCGCGGAAAGAGAGAGAACCGUUAUCCGGGUACGAGAGCUUCCUAUAGACCGUCACCAGGUUAAUUUCUUGGUUCAGCCCGGUUUAGCUAUACCUAUAAACUCUGUAGCAAAUUAUCCAUAAAUCGCCAGCUAUCAUUUGAAAAAGAUACUUUAGGUUUUAGUAGUGACGUGAAGAAUACAUUAACUGAAAUGAUCAUGAUGAUGUAUCAUGUUAUUGAUGAUAAUGAUAAUGAUAGUGAUAAUGACGAUGAUAAUGUUGAUGAUGAUGAUGAUGAUAAUGAUAAUGAUGAUGGAUGGAUAUUAUAUUAUUACAUCAUACCUUUGCCCAACUGGGUAUGUUUUCUGUUCAUAAGAGAUAAUGGUAUAUAUUAAGUUCUUGAAGCUUCAUUUAUAAAAGAAACCAGACAUAAAGAUAUUAGUAAUUGUGUAACAAUGUUCGCAUGAUUGAAUUUGUGUAUACCAAUAAAAAUUAAACACAUAUAUAUCAUACGAUUGUCAUUAUCAUCCCGUGUUUUAUACUAAACUUUUAAUUCAAGUCACAUCUACUUUUCCAAGCACACCAUAGGAAUUAAUUGCUUCACCAAACAUCAAAGUAUAAUAAAAACGAAAUAAAAGUAAUCAAACUUCAAACAGUGUGAUGAUCUAUAAUUUAAUAACCCAACCUCGCUCACAUCAAACUCUCACUUGCUGUGCACUAUGGGUUAGCCUUUCAAUGUGUUAUAAUUCUCUCUCUGCCCUCCUCAUUUUCAGACCAGCUGGAAAUUAGAAAAAUGGACCACUUGAUGAAGAAAGAAACAAGCAUAGUUUGAUGGAAGUAUCUUGAUCUAUCUUUUUUCCACAAAAUAUAUACAUAUUUAUCUUAGAAAAGAAAGAAAAAGUUAGAAAAUAUCAUGUGAGGUGUGGUUGAUAGUUGGCAAGUGUUGCUAUAAAAGAAAGUGAUAGUUUCCUGAGAAAACUUAUAGGUAAGAAGAAAGUAUUGGGAAAAGCUUUUCAGUUACAAAGAGAAGUAAGAGACAAGAGACAGAAACAACAAGAAGUUAAUGGAAGCAAGAGGUAGUAGUGGUAUAAGCAUGAAGUCAUUAGAGAGAGUGGUUUCAGAUAAAGCAUUAAAGCUUGGAAACUCAUUUCCAUGUCAAAUCUGUGUGGUUGGGUUUCUCUGUGGAAUUUGUCUCACUUCUCUUUUCGUAGCUGCUCUCACUUCCAUUGGCACCUUCGAGCUCGCCGCCUUCUCCUUCUCCUCUUUUUCUCCUCCUUGCAAUUCCACUUCUCAAAUCAUCAACAUGGGUGCAGACAUAGACAUGAAACUGAAAUGGAAGAACAAAGCUGAGCCAGAAGAAGAAAAUGAUGAUGAUCAGGUGAAUCUUUUGGUCUCUGCUUGGGACAACUUAUUACUAAACAAUGAAGACUAUUUCAAGAAACUAUGGAUGAACAAAUCUGAUGUCCCAAACGCUCCACAUUUGGAGAACUGUGAGGAGAGGACACGAGCUAGAGAGCGCUUGGAUACAAGACUAUCAAAUCAUACGUUUCCUUCUUGGAUCAAUGGAGGAGAUGAAGAUAACUAUCCAUUAACUAGAAGAGUGCAAAGAGAGAUAUGGUAUCAUCAGCAUCCUUUGGACUGUGAAGACAAGAGUCUCAAGUUCCUUGUAGCUGACUGGGAAACGCUUCCUGGCUUUGGUAUAGGAGCUCAGAUCGCUGGAAUGACUGGUCUUCUCGCAAUAGCUAUAAACGAAAACCGAGUUCUUGUUUCAAAUUACUAUAACCGAGCAGAUCAUGAUGGUUGCAAAGGUUCUGCUAGAGGAAGCUGGUCUUGCUACUUCCUACCGGAAACAUCGAAAGAGUGUAGGAAACGUGCGUUUGAAGUAAUGAAGAAGAGAGAAGCGUGGGAGAGAGGGACUGUUACAGGGAAACAAAACUACAGCACCAAGGAGAUUUGGUCUGGACAUAUACCAAAGAGAUGGGGUAAGCCUUGGAGUUACAUGAGGCCAACUACAGAGAUCAACGGAACCUUACUCACCAGUCACAGGAAAAUGGACAGGAGAUGGUGGAGAGCACAGGCGGUUAGAUACUUGAUGAGGUUUCAAACGGAAUACACUUGCGGUUUGAUGAACGUUGCUAGACAUGCUGCGUUUGGGAAAGAAGCUGCUGAGAUUGUUCUCUCGGCAGGAGGUUGGAGAAAGAAGAAGAAGAGGUCGGAGAUUGAGGAAAGCGUGUGGUCGAGUCACAAGCCGUGGAUACCGAGGCCAAUGCUGAGCGUGCAUGUGCGUAUGGGAGACAAAGCUUGCGAGAUGAGAGUCGCAGCUUUAGAAGAGUAUAUGCGUUUGGCUGAUAGGAUCAGAGAACGGUUUCCGGAGCUCAACAGGAUCUGGCUCUCUACGGAGAUGAAGGAAGUUGUGGACAGGAGUAAAGAGUAUGGUCUGUGGAGAUUCUAUUACACGGAAGUGGCGAGACAAGUUGGUAAUAACUCGAUGGCUGAGUAUGAAGCUAGCCUUGGGAGAGAGAUGAGCACGAACUAUCCUCUUGUUAACUUCUUGAUAGCGUCAGAAGCUGACUUCUUCGUCGGAGCUUUAGGCUCCACUUGGUGUUUCCUCAUUGAUGGUAUUAGGAAUACCGGUGGUAAAGUCAUGUCCGGUUUUCUCAGUGUCAAUAAAGACCGGUUCUGGUAACUUCACCGCUUCCACUAUGUACAGAACUUCUCCACUUCUUGUUUCUUCAGAUGUUGUAACAAAAUGUUUUUUUUUUCGGUUUGGUUUAGGCGUUCGGGUGUAUAAUCUGUUCCGGUUUGGAAUCAAUUCAGGUUUGAGUUUUCUGGAGCACAAAUUUAGAUCUCAUUCGGAUAUAUAAAAGUUUGGUUUGGUGUCA